ACAGCGUACUCUGAAGCAUCCCCUCCCUUUUGCCAGUGCCAUUCCCUUGUCAUAUUCCCCUUAAUAAACAGUGUUCACAAAAGGAAGUGUGCGUGCUAGUACGCUUUCAAGUUCGUAAAAUGCGCUGAAAAUAAUACGUAAAGGCGCGAAAUAAGAAAUUGCGCACCUCGAUCUUCAUCUAGUGUUUAAAAAAAAAAAAAACGCCUUCUGCAGCCCAUAAAGGAUGGUUUUCGAUAUAACAUCUGCCUUUCGUUCCACAAGAAUGAUGUUCUUAAUGACUACGCUGGUUAUCCCUUCCCUGACUCUUUCAGGUGACCCGUGCACAGUGCAGGAAUUCGAGGUCUACAAAGAACCCGUAAUGAAGACUUAUGUUAAUUACACCUUCAUCGGGCCAGCUAAUUGUUCUUCUCUCAGGUGUAACGGGCCGAUCAGUACUGUGUCUGUCAUAUCAUGCCAUGACACUGGUCUCCAGCUGUAUUCCUUUCCGAUUCUG